AUGCUGCGCCGCCUCGCCUCCGCGGCCGCCCCGCGGGCCAUCUUCUCCACCACCCCGGCGGCGGGGCACACCCCGCGCCGCGCGUACGGGCUAGUCCCCAUGGUGAUCGAGCACACCUCCCGCGGGGAGCGCGCCUACGACAUCUUCUCGCGCCUCCUCAAGGAGCGGAUCGUGUGCAUCCACGGCCCCAUCGCCGACGACACGGCCUCGCUCGUCGUCGCGCAGCUGCUCUUCCUCGAGUCCGAGAACCCCGCCAAGCCCAUCCACCUCUACAUCAACUCCCCGGGCGGGGUCGUCACCGCCGGCCUCGCCAUCUACGACACCAUGCAGUACAUCCGCUCGCCGGUCACCACGCUCUGCAUCGGCCAGGCCGCCUCCAUGGGGUCGCUCCUCCUGGCCGCGGGCGCGCCGGGCGAGCGCCGCGCGCUGCCCAACGCGCGCAUCAUGAUCCACCAGCCCUCGGGCGGGGCGUCGGGCCAGGCCUCCGACAUCGCCAUCCACGCCAAGGAGAUCCUCAAGGUGCGCGACCGCCUCAACCGGAUCUACGCCAAGCACACCGGCCAGCCCAUCGACGGCGUCGAGAAGUGCAUGGAGAGGGACUUGUUCAUGGACCCCGUCGAGGCGCACGCCUGGGGCCUCAUCGACGAGGUCAUCGAGCACCGCCCCGUCUCGCUUGUUUCUGAUGCCGUGGCCAGCGAUCCGCCCAACCCCACUGUGGGAGCCGAAACCAAGCCUGCCGAGGAGCCUUCUUCUCCGGCUUGAUGGGUGGUGGUUGCAAGGUGCAAUCCUCCUUUUUUUGCUUUAUUAUUAUUACUCUAGCCUUGCCUUGUUGUUGGAUUCAAUGCUUAUUAAUUCUCUCUUAACAUACAUAAGUUUUUACAACUUGUUAUUCUGGCAGCACCAGGGGCCUUAUUCACUAGCUAGCCCGUUGUUUUGCUACUUGAAUGAAUUAAUCCCCUUCUGAUAAUGGAUGCAGUCAUUUCAUACUUGCUUUGCCUCAUUCUGUGCGAUUAUAUUUUCCAAUUGUUGCUAGUUGGGAAUACUAUAACAUAAAUGCGUGAUUCAAUAAGUUUUUGUUGGGCUGGCACA